CACCUGGGGGCCAUAAAGACUGUGCUUCAGGACCGCCGCAAGCAGAAGUGAUCUAGAGCCUGGCAAGAUGUCUGCGGUGGCCCCGGCCGCGCAGGCUCCUCAGGGGCCUGUCAACCCACCACCUCCAGAAGUCUCCAACCCCAACAAACCCGGCAGGAAGACCAACCAGCUCCAGUACAUGCAGAACGUGGUGGUGAAGACCCUCUGGAAACACCAGUUUGCAUGGCCCUUCUACCAGCCCGUGGACUGCAUUAAAUUAAAUCUACCUGACUACCACAAGAUCAUCAAGAAUCCGAUGGACAUGGGGACGAUAAAAAAGAGACUUGAGAAUAACUACUAUUGGAGCGCAAACGAGUGCAUGCAGGAUUUCAAUACCAUGUUUACAAACUGUUACAUCUACAACAAGUCCACAGAUGACAUCGUGUUAAUGGCCCAAGCCUUGGAGAAGAUCUUUCUGCAGAAAGUAGCCCAGAUGCCUCAGGAAGAGGUUGAAUUGUUACCCCCAGCUCCGAAAGGUAAAGGACGGAAGCCCACAACCCCGCAAAACCCAGCUCCAGAACCAGAGGUCCAAAUUGAAAAACCCCCCUCGCCGAAGCCCGCGGUGGUCGAGCGCAUGGCGAGUAGACGAGCCGAACCAGCCGCUGAGCGUCGGCGGGAGCGUUUCAAAGGUAGCACCCAGUCUUCAGCCGUCUCCACCAUUAACCCCACGGUACAGCUCACCAACAUCUCCCCCGUGGUAUCCCAGACUCCCGUCAUCGCUGCCACACCGGUGCCGACUAUAACGUCAAACGCAUCCCUGCCGCCUGCUGCCGCCGCCGCACCCCCAGCCCCUCCGAACGCUCCUGUUCCUGUUAAUCAAGUUGUCCCUCCUGCCGCGCCAGUCGUCAAAGUAAGGCAACAAAAAGGAGUGAAGCGGAAAGCGGACACAACGACCCCCACGACUUCGGCCAUCACUGCCAGCCGCAGCCAGUCACCCGUCACCCUUUCAGAGCCCAAGCAAGCCAAGGUGGCCAACAGAAGAGAGAGCGGUGGGCGACCGAUCAAGCCGCCAAAGAAGGACUUGGAAGACGGCGAGGUGCCUCAGCACGCCGGGAAAAAGGGCAAACUGUCCGAGCACCUAAAGUACUGUGAUACUAUUCUGAAGGAGAUGCUGUCGAAGAAACACGCCGCCUACGCCUGGCCCUUUUACAAACCUGUGGACGCCGAGGCUUUGGAGCUGCAUGACUAUCAUGACAUUAUCAAGCAUCCGAUGGAUCUCAGUACUGUUAAAAAAAAAAUGGACGUCCGAGAAUACCAGGAUGCGCAGGCUUUUGCAGCCGAUAUACGGUUAAUGUUUUCAAACUGUUACAAGUACAAUCCUCCCGACCACGAAGUUGUUGCAAUGGCCAGAAAACUUCAGGAUGUCUUUGAAAUGCGAUUUGCUAAAAUGCCGGACGAGCCCGUGGAGCCCCCCGCGCCUCCUCCCACCGCGGCCCCGGUGGUCAGUAAAAGCACAGAGAGCAGCCACACCAGCGAGGAAAGCUCCUCAGACUCGGACACGUCGGACUCCGAGGAAGAGCGAGCCACGCGGCUGGCCGAACUCCAGGAGCAGCUGAAAGCGGUACACGAGCAGCUGGCUGCCCUGUCCCAGGCUCCAGUGAACAAACCAAAGAAGAAGAAAGAGAAAAAGGAGAAAGAGAAAGAGAAAAAGAAAAAAGAGAAGGAAAAGGACAAAGAGAAAGAAAAGGAAAAGCACAAAACGAAACCCGAGGACGACAAAAAGACGAAGCCUGCUCAGGCGGCCAAACCCGUCCCACCCAAAAAAGCUCCUGCGAAGAAGGCAAACAGUACGACCGCAUCCACCACGUCUACCACCGCCGCCGCCACGGCAGCUCCCAACAGCAAGCCCCCUAAAAAGGGAGGAAAGCAGCCCCCAACAGCCCCCUACGAUUCCGAAGAGGAAGAAGAGGGCUUGCCCAUGACUUACGACGAAAAGAGGCAACUCAGCCUGGAUAUCAACCGGCUCCCGGGAGAGAAACUGGGUCGGGUGGUGCACAUCAUACAAUCCCGGGAGCCUUCCCUAAGAGACUCCAAUCCCGACGAGAUUGAAAUUGAUUUUGAGACUUUAAAGCCCACCACGUUGCGAGAACUGGAACGAUACGUCAAGUCGUGUUUACAAAAAAAGCAAAGAAAACCUUUUUCGUCGGGAAAGAAACAAGCUGUAAAGUCCAAGGAAGAGCUGGCUCAGGAAAAGAAAAAGGAGCUGGAAAAACGACUCCAGGACGUGAGCGGCCAGUUAAAUAACAAGAAACCAACAAAAAAAGAAAAAUCGAGCACGGCAGGCGGUCCGUCGCGGCUCAGCAGCAGCAGCAGCUCGUCGGAAUCGGGCAGCAGCAGUUCCAGCGGCUCCAGUUCAGACAGCAGCGAUUCGGAGUGAAUUUUUACUUUUCUUUAAAAACGGACGGACGUUGUGCACACAAAACCAGUGAUCCGGUCUGAGGCUUAUUUAACACUUCGUCGGUGUGCCGUUUUAAAUAACUUAAAAACAAAACAAAAAAAAUACAAAUUUUAUCUCCACCAUUUUUUUUAUUUUUUUUUUUUAUUUAGAAGAAGAAACAAAAAAAAAAAGAUAAUGGCUGAAUUUUUCUGAAUGGCAAACAGACGUCGGCAAUAACCAGCAACGCUAAAGACGCUGUUGCCGUGAUUGGAUUUUAUAAAGGUUUACAUUGCAUACACAGGAAAAAAAAAAUAUUUUACAAUUUGUAUUUAUUUUAAACAUUUUUUUCCCACUGUUUUUUUGGCCUGAAAGAAGUUUUAACUGAAGACAUCGCUGGGUAACCCUCCAGCUGAAGUCUCCCUCGAUUUUUAAUUUUAUCCCCGAAUUACUAAAAUGAUCUUACGUGUACUUUCUCAGACGGACGAUUUGCCUUGUAACUCUCAUCCUUGCGGAACUGAUUAGCGCUGUUACACGUUUACAGUUGUGUGCUUACUUUGUUGUUUUUUGGGGGGGUUUUCCCCUACGUUUCAGUGAAAUAUGGACAAACUGUGCACAGGACACUUGUAGGUAACAGCUACAACAUAAAAAUACUAAUAUAAGUUGCUGUUUGGGUGGAA